AUGUGCCUCGGCUGUGUUGGCCUUAGAAGACUCUACAUCUCCAGUCAUGCUGACUACUUUGGGGUGCACCAAGAAUCCCAGCGAUGUGCCCCAAAGCUGGAAGAUUUCGCAGCCUGGUGGAGGGUCACCAUCCCUGUCCCUCCAUUGCUGCUCCACUUCAGAUAUGACAGGCUGUCUGCCUGCACUGCCGCCACUGAGAGCCCACCAAGACCACCAACUUCUGGCCGUAAGGCACCCACCAGAAUCCAGCCCAAGGAGGCUCCUGCCCAGACACCUGCUUCCAAGCCCCCCAUGAUGCAGGCUACUGAGUGCCCAGAGUCCUCCAACAGCAGAGAUUGCUCCUUCCCCACUGCCAUAAGCACUAACCUGUCCCAGAACAACAGCACCCCGGAACCACUGUCUGUACUCUACAUACUCCUGCCAACCGUAUACUCUGUGAUCUGUGCUGUGGGACUGACUGGAAACACAGCUGUCAUCUAUGUGAUCUUGCGAGCUCCCAAGAUGAAGACAGUGACCAAUGUGUUUGUCCUGAACCUGGCCAUUGCUGAUGGGCUUUUUGCACUCGUGCUGCCAGCUAACAUUGCCGAGCACCUCCUGCAGCGUUGGCCCUUUGGGGAGCCACUCUGCAAGCUGGUGCUGGCCAUUGACCACUACAACAUCUUCUCCAGUGUCUACUUCUUGGCCGUGAUGAGUGUGGACCGCUACCUGGUGGUACUGGCCACCGUGCGAUCCCACCGCAUGCCCAAACGCACCCAGCGGGGAGCAAAGAUUGCCAGCCUGUGUGUCUGGCUGGGUGUCACCAUCAUGGUUCUGCCCUUCUUCUCCUUUGCCCAUGUCUAUAGCAAUGAGCUGCAGGCACCCAGCUGUGGGCUGAGCUUCCCCAGUCCUGAAAAGGCCUGGUUCAAGGCCACUCGCAUCUACACAUUGGUACUGGGCUUCCUGGUGCCUGUGUGCACUAUCUGUGUGCUCUACAUAGACCUGCUGCGCAGGCUGAGGACCAUGCAGCUCCGUUCCAGUGCCAAGGCUCUGGGUAAGGCCAAGCGGAAAGUGACUGUCCUAGUCCUCACUGUGCUGGCAGUGUGCCUCCUCUGCUGGACACCCUUCCACCUGGCCUCUGUGGUAGCCCUGACCACAGACAUGCCCCAGACAUCCCUGGUCAUUGGCAUCUCCUACGCCAUCACCAGCCUCACCUAUGCCAACUCAUGUCUCAACCCCUUCCUAUAUGCCUUCCUGGAUGACAGCUUCCGCAAGAAUUUCCGCACCACAGUCCUGUGCCGGGAGGCCUGA